UUUGGGAUUCUGCCGCUUUCAGACCAAAACCUUGAGGAUUCAGCCAUGGAAGACCAAGAACCAAGUGGUCUUGAUAGCCAAGAGAGAAUGCCUGAAAACAGGAAGCGGUACAGUGAGAUUUUCCGGAGUCUGGAUGCCAUAGAAAUCUCCAUUGGAAAUUCGACYGCUGAUAUGUUCAUCGGUGAUUUGGAUGGCACUGACCACACAGACUUGACCCCAGAAAGAGAGAUCAUCCCGCCGAGUGAAGGUUCCUGUGAGAGCAAAAGCCGUUCAGAGAGGCAAGUGCAGACAGAUCUAACAGUUGAGGAGGCAGAUGAAUUGCUGAGAAAAUGUGAAGGUGGCAUCGACGCAGCGCUUGAAUACGCCAAAAUGUGGUGUAAAUAUGUAAAAGAGCUUCUUAGCUGGAUGGAGAAACGUCUGAAUUACGAAACAGACUUUGCCAAAGGGAUUGUGAAGAUAGCGGAAUCAGGAAGGAAUGCAAUCACCCACCAGUCCAGCAUGCCUCUGCGGGCCCUCUACACGAUGCUCCUGGAGCAGGACAUUGCAGUGGGAAACGCAGCUACUGAGACUGUAGGACUGCUUCAGCAGAAAGAGUUCUACCAGCCCCUGUCAGCCAAGAAGAAUGAAAUCGAGAAGUGGAGGAAGGAGUUCAAAGACCAGUGGUUAAAGGAGCAGAAGAGGAUGAAUGACUCCCUGUCGUCCCUGCGCAAGUGCCGGCUGCAGUACGCGCAGCGCUGCGAGGAGCUGGAGAAGGCGAAGCAGCUGAGCGCCAAGGCGGAGGACGGGCAGCCGGGCGCGGGCGGCGCGCAGCCCGGCAGCGCCAGCAAGCAGCUGGARAGGCGGCGCCGCUCCUGCGAGGAGGCGCAGGCCAAGGUUCAAGAAACAGAAGCUUUGUACAGGAUGUGCAUCGGUGAGGCCAACUUCCGACGACAGGAGCUGGAGAAAGUGCGCGCCCGGAUCGUCUCCCACAUUCGGAAGCUCAUUUACCAAGGAGAUGAGGUGCUGACAUGGGUUACAUUAAGGAUGUUCAAGCAGCGGCAGAGUCAGGCGGAGCAGAUUCCAGUGGGUUACCAGCAUCUCACUGAGGUCUGCAGGCCUUACAAAGUCGGGGAGAAAUACCUGGAAUUCAUUCAGGCUCUGCCAAAGAAGGAAGUUCAGAUGGAGGUGUUUGAAUUUGAGCCACUUGUUUCUGGGGGGCAGAGGGCCUCCUCGAGCGGCAAGAAGCAGCAGACCCUGCCCUACCCCGGAGCCUCCUGGGUGCCCAAGGACACAAGUGCUCCAGAACACGCAGCACGAAGGCAGCUCUCCCCAGAGGGUGAACAGAGCAUCAGCAAGUCCCUCUGCAGCGACACAGAAAGCCUCGGUGGCAGCUGCGAAUCCCAGUCUCUGGACUCUCCCAAUUCCAGCCCAGGCAAUUCUAGCAGGAAGCUGCUAAAAGCUCCAUCCACUGGCACCAUGUCCUCCUCUGAUGAUUUUGAAGAGAGGGAUUCGUUGCAAACUUCGGAAAACGAGAAUGGGAUGUACCAGCAGCAGUUCAGGAACCUCCUGCUCUCCGGCGCAGCGCAGAGCCACCGGCUCAGGAAGCUCCGGGGUCCCUCCAAGUGCAGGGAAUGCGACACCUUCAUGGUCAACGGCUUCGAGUGUGAGGAGUGCUACCUGGCCUGCCACAAGAAGUGCCUGGAGAGCCUGGUGAUCACCUGUGGCCACAAGAAGCUGCCCACGCGGGUGCCRCUCUUUGGCAUUGACUUCACGCAAGUGCCCCGAGACUUCCCGGAGGAGGUUCCCUUCCUCGUGGUGAAAUGCACCUCCGAAAUCGAGGCUCGUGCCCUCGGCGUGCAGGGGAUCUAUCGGAUUAGCGGAUCCAAGGCGCGCGUGGAAAAGCUGUGCCAGGCCUUUGAGAACGGCAGGAACCUGGUGGACCUCUCCGAGCACUCGCCCCAUGAUAUCACUGGCGUCCUGAAGCAUUUCCUGAAGGAACUUUCAGGGCCCGUGGUGCUCUACCAGCUCUACGACGAGCUCAUCGCCCUCGCCAAAGACUUGCAAAAACCCAGCGAGGAAAAGGCGGACUCGGCCGGCUUCCCUCCGGAUCCCAUCCAGGGCAUGAAGGACUUGCUGAGCAGGUUGCCUGGAAGCAACUACAACACCCUGCGGCACCUUAUCGCCCACCUGUACAGGGUGGCAGAGAAAUACGAAGAGAACAAGAUGUCCCCCAACAACCUGGGCAUAAUAUUUGGGCCAACCUUGAUCCGGCCGUGCUCGGGGAGYGACGUCUCCAUGGCGUGCCUCGUGGACUCCGGCUACCAAGCGCAGACCGUGGAGUUCCUCAUCCAGAACUACGAAAGGGUGUUCGGGAUGGAGGACCUGCCUGCGUCCUCGGCCCCCACGGGUGAAAAUCCUCCGCACGAGGCGUCCACGGAGAAGGAUGAAGGAUAUGGGAAUGCAGACAAAGUCCAGAAUGUGACUUUAGAGAAUUUCUCCUGCAAGCAUGAUUUAAACGAGGACUGUGUGUCCGAUAACUCAUCUUUCAGGGAAGCCAUCGACGAGCUGACUCUGGAAAGAGCCCCCAGUCCAUUAAGCACACAUGCCCCAGAGAUGAAGAGAAGUUUCGACUCUGAGCUGGAGAGCCUGGAGGACCCUGUGCAGGAAAAGACAGAGAGGGAUUUGGAGCCGGUCGCAGGGACGCAGCCCAGGGGCCAUUUCAGCCGCCAGCCGGUAAAAUACCUCCGAACACCGGCAAAAAUGAAACCCGUCAUUCCCAAGAGCUCCGGCUUGGCCCUGAGAGCCAGCCCUUCACCCAGCACGCCAGGAGAGCCCGGGGCAGAAGGCAGCCCUAAGGAGAGCAGCUCUGCAGCAAAGGAGACCGUGGAGGGGAGCAGGGGGARCAGGACCAGCUCCCCGGAGCUCCGUGCCCUCAAGGGCCGCCYGGCUGGGAAGCAGCAACUCCGGCAUUUGGAGAUGACACAGGAGACGGCCAGGAUCGUCUCCAAGCUCAGGGGGGACAACGCUCGGUAG